UGUGACAGAUGGAGCUACUUAAAACAAAACUUUGUCCUCCUUGUAAGGCUGAGCUUUCGUCAAAUAAAGCUAAGCACUUCUCACGCCACACUACACUAUCCCCCCGUUUCAACUCUCUCUCCCUUCCCUCUUCCUUGGGCUACUCUUAGUCCACUGAAAUUCCUUCCUCACCAAUUUCUUGCUCUAAUGUAUAACUAGUCUAGCUUACCAAGAUUUGGAGUACUGGAGAAUGGCCUAUAUGUGUACUGACAGUGGAAAUCUAAUGGCAAUCGCUCAACAAGUCAUAAAACAAAAGCAACAACAAGAACAACUCCAACAACAAGAACAGCAGCAACAGCAAUUCUUGGGUGGUGUUAAUCCCUUGUGCUUAAGUCCAUGGAGUUCAACUCACCAGAACUUAACUAACAGCCCCACUUUAGGAUAUGGACUUACCGGCCCGGGUUUUACCGACCCAUUUCAGGUUACACCAGAUGGAGCCGAACCGGGUUUUCAGUUUCCCAACUUGGAGCACCACUCGACCGGGUUUAGGUUUGCUGAUUUAUGCGGUGGACCGGGUGGUGAGUUUGAUUCGGAUGAGUGGAUGGAAAGCUUAAUAGGCGGUGGAGAUUCAACUGGAAGUUCUAAUCUUCAAUCUGGUUGUGACGCGUGGCAGGGUCUUUACGGAGAUCCGUUCUCUAGUUGUCCAAAUCGAGUCAGUAUAUGUUCUUCUCCUCCUCAAACAUCCGAUCUCAAUGGAGUUAUCUUUUCCGAAACACAGAAAAAUGUUAAUCCCUUACAACCUCAAACAUCUCAAUGGGUCCCACCAUCUCCAGUUAUUCAACCCAAAGAAUCCAAAGUUGUAUCAGUUGACUUGCCUUGUAGUUCCCCUGAAAGUAAUUUCUCUUCAAAACCGUUGUUGAAAUCUUUAGUGGAAUGUGCAAGGCUUGUUGAUUCAGACCCUGAAAAUGCAGUAAAAUCUUUGAUUUUACUCAGGGAAUCAGUUUCACAACAAGGAGAUCCAACGGAGCGGGUCGCGUUUUAUUUCUUAGAAGCUCUUUACACUAAUCAGGCUAUUCUUGAAGCAACUGAAAAAGCAACAAGGAUUCACAUAGUUGAUUUUGGAAUUGUUCAUGGUAUUCAAUGGGCUGGUUUUUUACAAGCUUUAGCAACUAGAUCAGCUGGAAAACCUGCAAGUGUUAGAAUCUCAGGGAUUCCAUCUGUUGUACUAGGUAACUCUCCAGCACCUUCACUUUUAGCUACAGGAAAUCGUCUUCGUGAUUUCGCGAAGCUUCUAGAUCUUAACUUCGAAUUCGAACCGAUAUUAACACCGGUUCAGGAGCUAAACGGGUCUAGUUUUCGAAUUGACCCGGAUGAAACCUUAGCUGUUAAUUUCAUGUUACAGUUGUAUAAUUUACUGGAUGAGUCAAAUGUUGGUGUUAAAACUGCACUUAAUUUAGCUAAGUCAUUGAAUCCAAAUAUAGUGACAUUGGGUGAGUAUGAGGUGAGUUUGAAUGAAGUUGGAUUUCUACAACGGUUCAAGAAUGCAUUGAAAUACUAUUCGACAAUUUUCGAGUCGUUGGACCCGAGCUUGACCCGAGACUCACCGGAGAGAGUAGAGGUAGAAAGACUGAUACUUGGCCGGAGAAUCGCCGGGGCAGUGGGGCAAGAUGAAGGUGGAAAUAGAAGAGAAUGUAUGGAAGAUAAAGAACAUUGGAGAGAAUUAAUGGAAGGGGCUGGUUUUAAGGCAGUUACUCUUAGCCAUUAUGCAAUGAGUCAAGCAAAAAUUCUUCUUUGGAACUAUAAUUACAGUUCAUCGUAUGGAUUGAUUGAUUCACCACCUGGGUUUCUCUCCUUGGCUUGGAAUGAUAAGCCACUAUUGACUGUUUCUUCAUGGCACUAAUGAGAAUUAUGUGGCCUGGUUCUGUUAAUUAGGUACUUGUUAAGUGCUUAAUUUCAAUUUCAUUGCUCUCUGUAGAGUAAAGAGCUAGUUAGUAUAGAAAGAUGAUAUUUUUGAGCUCCCUGGGUUCUGGAACAGGCAAGUUAACUUUUGCAGCUUGAAUUUCAAGAUGUAGCCUUCUCUGUUUAUAUGAAUAGUGUACUCUCUUUAGUGUCUUCUCUUUUGUUCUCAACCUUAGUUUCUAGGUUUUGUUUUUGUUUCUUUCUUUUUUGGUCACUAGGUGGAAAUCGACUGUAAUUGUGCAUAUAUUUUGUGAAUUAUUGAUGUAUAAUUAGUUAAUUGAUUUUAAUUCCAGGUUCCAACUAGACAA